AUGAAAGUAUUGUUUUUGUUUACAGUAUGUUUGCUCGUAGUAUAUGGGCAUCCACGAUCCAAAGACCUUCGAGAGGAUGAUACGAACAGAGCACUGAUAAGGAAUAACAGAAUCAUCAGAAAUGAGAUCCAACCAAUGCCAAAGGUUGGGGGUGACGGUAGGUGAGGUCAAGGGUACUGUACCUAAAAUAAUAUAGUACUCUUUGGUACUUGUGAGUACAGUAACGUCAAUUCUAUAUUUAUAUAUAAUAACAGAAAGAAUGUCAAAUGCUGCAACAAGAAAACAGUAUUUUAAUUUUGUUAUAGGAUACAGUAAAAACAUUUCAAAAAAAUUAAUUUACUGUAAUUUAGAUGAAAAAGACUGCCUAGACAGGACUGGCAAGAUACGAAAGGACAAAGAAGACUACAAGUGUCCUUGGGGUCAGUUCAAACUUCGUUGUAACAAAGGUCAGGAAGAGGUAACAGGUAAGAUUACUAUACUAUAGUAAACUAAAAAUUGUAACGAAAUAAAAAUUGUAAAGUACGAUAGCUGUGAUCUCAUGUAAUAUAUAAACUCAUCUUUCAUAUAAAAAACGUUUAGGUUGUAUCGGAUCAGACCGUGCCAACAAAGAAUGGCUGAAACUCGGCGAAACUUUGAAUAAAAAUGGAUUUUGGCACAAAUGUGAACGAUUUGAUAAUGGCAGUGUCAUUUAUCAUCAAGGUAUGGUUUUGUCAAGUUAAUUAAAUCAGAAUUGCCUUAAUUACUUUAGUUUCUUUCCUUUGAACAAACUUGUUAUAUUAGUUACAGAGAAUGUACUAAGAUAUGUAAAUAAAUUAAUGUAUUAGCUACAUUUUUAAUUUCUGUAUGAAAAUAUGCUUUUAAAAACUGUUUUUAUGUUUUGAAAUUGUUGUUCUGAAAGUUACAUUUUUAAAAAUAUGUUUUAUAACUUGCAAUUCCAAUUACUGUAAGGUCCCCAACACAAUACCUACAACAUUAUUUUUGCUAAUAAUAUAAUACUACUCUUAACGUUUGUCAAUAUUUACAGAACUCUCAUGUCUCGAUGGUCGUGGCAAAGAGCUGCAUCUAGGUGAAGAACUUACUGUUGCUUCGCUUCGUCUCAAAUGUGUAGCAGAGGGAUACCAACCAAUUGGCUGUUUAGUCCAGUCCAAGUCUGGUGAUGUUGCUCUAGAUGAAGGAGAAGAGAAAGACCUUGAUGGGUUUGCCUUCAAAUGCCACACUUCGAUUCUUCACCGUGAGAAGCGAGGCAUCGGAAACGGAUCGUACAAACAGAUCAGAUACCCAGAAGCAGAAGAUCUGUACACUAUCAGAAGUGGCAAAAACCGUCAUAAUGAACAUAGUGUAUAA